CGUCGAUUGCCCGAUGCGGUGUGUUUGUUCGGUUUGCAUUGCAAGCUUGCAUUUCCGUUUGUGUCUUUUAGAUUAUUUGAUUUAUUCUUCUUCUCCUGUUUCACACUUCAAUUGUCGAGAGCAUGGUUAACCUCCUGCCUAAGCAUUGACCGACAUGAAUGCGCAACCCAAGUCGGGCGUGGCUUUGGCCGCCCGCUACGCCAUUCCUUUUGUUCUUCUGUUGAUCCCCCUUUGGAUGAUGAGGAUCAAUGCCGUCGUUCCCGAACCGUAUCUGGAUGAGGCCUUUCAUGUCCCCCAGGCUCAGGCCUACUGGGCUCAUAAGUGGACGCAUUGGGAUCCCAAAAUCACUACCCCCCCGGGCAUUUACCUUUGGUCGUAUGUGCUGUGCGCGAUCGCGCUCUUCCUGCGCGGUUCCCCCACACAGCUUACCCCGGAAGCUUUGCGUGCGACCAACGUGGCAGCCACCGCCGUAGCUCUACCGUUGCGAUUGCAGACAUUGUUGGAUCGGCUGCGCAGGGUGCGCAACACCCGUCCCUCUGGAGCAUGGCUGAGCCAUACUGUUUUGAACAUCUGCCUCUUCCCGCCGCUGUUCUUCUUCUCCGGCCUAUACUACACCGAUAUUCUUGCGCUGCUGGUGGUCAUUGAGGCGUACAACUGGGACCUGAAACGCUCGUCGGAGGGUGGGUUUGCGCCGCUCUCGACGUUGGUGUUUGUCGUGCUGGGGCUGGUAGCGCUGGUCUUCAGACAGACCAACAUCUUCUGGGUGGCGAUCUUCCUGGGUGGACUGCAGGUCGUCCGGCGGUUGAGGUUGUCUUCUAAGAGAUGCGAGGCGUCGGGAUUCGCGGAUAUUGCUCGGGCGGGGUGGAAGAAUGAGCUGUAUGAUCCGUUUGUUUCGGACGCUUCGAUUGCAGACUACUUCAAGGCGUCUAUUUCGCUGGUGGUUGUUGCCUUGAACAACUUCGGCUCGGUGAUUAGCUCUGCUAUUCCGUACCUGCUCAUACUUGCCGGGUUUGGUGGCUUCGUGCUCUGGAAUGAUGGUGUCGUUCUCGGACACAAGGAGUACCAUACUGCUGGGCUGCAUCUGCCCCAGAUGCUCUACAUCUGGCCCUACUUCGUCUUCUUCUCUUGGCCACUCCUCCUCUCGCCGGUCGUCAACUUGGUUCUCCCGAAGUCGCUUCUGCCCAAGUUCAUCGACUUUGGUUUCCCAAAGAAGCAAAAGGGCCUUCCUAAGCUGUUGACGGCUCUUGUUGUGAUCCCCAUUAUGCUGGCCGUGGUUCAUUUCAACACCGUCGUCCAUCCCUUUACCCUUGCCGACAACCGUCACUACGUCUUCUACGUCUUCCGUAUCCUGCUGCGCAUUCACCCUGCUAUCAAGUAUGCUGCUGUUGCGGUGUACUUCCUCUGCGCGUGGAUGGUCAUCUCCGCCUUUGGAUUCACGACGAUUUCUACGCCUCCCCAGUUGAUGCGUGUCCCGCAGACAGCAGUCCGCCAGCCGGAGCCAGUGCCAGUACCUCAGAAAGAGCCCAGCCAGAAGAAGGCCGAACGCCGGAAGGCGGCAAAGAAGCCCGCGCAGCCGCCCAUGCCGGAGCCAAUGUCGUUCGAUGCGUACGCCAAGAUCCAGGAGCACAUUGCGCACCGGCAGAAGCAGCAUCAGGGUACGCCGCAGGUGAGCUUUGUGCUUGUCUGGCUGGCGGCCACGGCGCUGUCGCUCAUUACGGCGCCGCUCGUCGAGCCGCGCUACUUUAUCAUUCCGUGGGUGAUGUGGCGGCUGCAUCUGCCACCGCAGCCGACGCCUCUCGUGCACCGGCAGCGGGCGCGCGAUGCAACUGAGGAGCUGAAUGCGAAGGUUGCCACGAACAUGGCACUGUUCCUGGAGACGUAUUGGUUCUUGGUGAUCAACGCGGUGACGGGAUACAUCUUCCUGUACUGCGGGUUUGAAUGGCCCCAGGAACCGGGAAAGAUCCAGCGGUUCAUGUGUAAUACAAAAAGGGCCAAGCUGUCCCCCAACAUAGACCAUGCAGACAAUGACUCUACACAAAGGACCAACAGCAGUAGCAAUAACAGUAACAACCACCCCCUAGCAUCCCUGCACCGCUCCAUAACACCCCCAAUACUCUCCCGCUCCAAGGGAUCACAAACAGCGCCUCAGCCACAACCGCAACACAAUGCCACCCACCCAGCAUCACCCAGCACGCAGACCACGAAAGAUGAGAAUCAUGCAGAAACAAAACAGGACAAUAUAAUUCCCUCUCCCAUCCAACUAACCCACAUCCGGGACCUCCCCGCCUCCUCAGGCCACAACACCGACACUGUCCGACUACGUGACAUUCUCGGCGAUCCAUUGAUCCGCGAAUGCUGGCAGUUCAAUUACCUCUUUGAUGUGGACUUUUUGAUGAGCCAGUUUGAUGAGGAUGUGAGACGGCUCGUCAAGGUGAAGGUUGUGCAUGGCUCGUGGAAGAGAGAUGCGCCGAAUCGUCAGAGGAUUGAUGAAGCAUGUACGCGCCACCCCAAUGUCGAGGCAAUAACUGCCUACAUGCCCGAAGCGUUCGGGACGCAUCAUUCCAAGAUGAUGAUCUUGUUGAGACAUGAUGAUUUGGCUCAAGUGGUCAUCCAUACGGCAAACAUGAUCGCAGGCGACUGGGCAAACAUGUGCCAGGCCGUGUGGCGAUCGCCUCUUCUCCCAUUAUGUUCCAAUAGCAGUGGGAGUGAGAGUAUAGCUACCCCUGGGGCACGAUUCAAACGUGACCUUCUCUCGUAUCUAAGAGAAUACGGGCCGAAGAAGACCGGUCCGCUUGUCGCGCAGUUAGAGAAACACGACUUCGGCGCUGUCCGCGCAGCAUUGGUUGCUAGUGUUCCCUCGAAGCAGAAGAUCCGGGAGUCGACUGAUUCGACCCGGAAGACGCUGUGGGGAUGGCUAGCUCUGAGGGAUGUAUUGCGGUCGGUUCCUAUUGAUCGUUCAGAGGAUAGACCGCAUAUUGUAACUCAGAUUUCCUCCGUCGCCUCUCUCGGCCAAACAGACAAAUGGCUCAAAGACGUCUUCUUCGCGUCCCUCUCACCAUCAUCAAAUAACCCCAAACCAAGAUUCUCGAUCAUAUUCCCUACACCCGACGAGAUUCGCCGCUCCUUGAACGGCUACGGCUCAGGCGGCUCCAUUCACAUGAAGCUGCAGAGCGCCGCACAACAAAAGCAGCUGCAGUACAUGCGGCCGUAUCUGUGUCAUUGGGCUGGAGAUGUGGCUGAGGACGAAGCGAAGGUGAAACGAGAAGCAGGGCGCCGUCGCGCGGCACCGCAUAUCAAGACGUAUAUCCGGUACUCAUCGUCGGAGAUGGACCGGAUUGAUUGGGCGAUGGUGACGUCGGCAAAUUUGUCAACGCAGGCGUGGGGAGCGGCGGUGAAUGCCAACGGAGAGGUGAGGAUAUGUAGUUGGGAGAUAGGGGUUGUGGUGUGGCCGGAGUUAGUCACCGGUGCUGGUGCUGAAGGGAGGAGUGUGAUGGUGCCUUGCUUCCGGAGGGAUGUGCCCGAUGCAGAUGCGGUUGCGGCUGCAGGUGCGGCUGCAAAUGCAGAUGAAAAGGAAAUUGCUACGACAACUACUAGAGUUGGCUUCCGAAUGCCCUACGACCUACCGUUGACGAGGUACAGCGAGACGGAUAUACCCUGGUGCGCGACGGCCAGUCAUAGCGAGCCGGACUGGCUGGGACAGACGUGGGAGGGUUGACCCCAUACUAUCCUCAUCCUUUCCAUAUACC